CUUGAGAAGAAAGAAAGGAGUGAUCGAUCAGUAGAAAGCUCCAUUUCAAUUGACUCUCUCGAAGGUACUCCUCCUGUGCAGGUGAUAGAGCCACUGUUAAGCUUCAACUGAGAGCUUCGCAUUACCCGAUCAUGGGCACGGUUGAAGUUCUCGUGGCACAAAUCCAAGGGCUGUCCAGCACCGCCGGCGAUAUCUCACGCCUCCAUACUAUUCUCAAGCAAUCAGAAGAACUGCUUCACUCCGACACCGCUUGUUUACCUUCUGCAUUGGCUCAACUUGAUGCUUCAAAACAUUCUUUAGGAUAUCUCUACAUUCUAGAGGCAUACACAUCCGUUCCAAUUUCACAAGAGCAAUACAGUUCAACUGCUCUGACUAUUUCAAGAUUUCUCUCUUCUUGCAACCCGGAGCAGAUUCGUUUAGCACCUGAAAAAUUCGUCUCAGUUUGCAAGAGGUUGAAAGAUCAAGUUGUCCUACUUGAAGCUCCAAUUAGAGGGGUGGCUCCGCUUCUUACUGCUAUUAGAAAACUCCAGAUCUCUUCAGAACAUUUAACCACUAUACAUCCGGAGUUCCUCCUUCUUUGCUUAUUAGCCAAGUGCUACAAAACUGGCAGAUCUAUAUUGGAUAAUGAUAUUCUUGAGGUUGAUCAACCAAGGGACCUGUUUCUUUAUUGUUAUUACGGGGGGAUGAUUUGCAUAGGACUAAAGCUAUUUCCUAAAGCGCUUGAGCUUCUUCAUAAUGCUGUAACUUCUCCAAUGUCAUCAAUGAAUGCUAUAGCUGUUGAAGCAUAUAAAAAGUACAUUUUGCUCUCCCUCAUUUACAAUGGACAAUUUUCGAUUAGUCUCCCGAAGUACACUUCUUCAGUAGCACAGAGAAAUUUGAAAAUUUUCUGUCAGCCCUACAUUGAACUGGCGAAUAGUUAUAGCACGGGAAACGUUGACGAAUUAGACACUGUUUUUCAAACAAACAGGGAGAAAUUUGAAAAUGACAACAAUCUUGGACUCGUGAAGCAGGCUGUAUCUUCUCUGUAUAAACGCAACAUUCAGAGAUUGACGCAGACGUACUUGACCCUCUCUCUUCAAGAUAUAGCCAAUUCUGUUAAACUCAACAGCCCUAAGGAAGCUGAAAUGCAUGUGCUACGAAUGAUCCAGGACGGUGAGAUUUUUGCAACAAUUAAUCAAAAGGAUGGAAUGGUCAGCUUUCUAGAGGAUUCUGAACAGUACAAAUCCUGCAAGAUGGUUGAGCAUAUUGACUCGUCGAUCCAGAGGUAUGAUGUUUGUGAUUGAUUGAUUGUGGGAUGUU